UCUCUCUCUCUCUCUCUCUCUCUCUCUCUCUCUCUGUGAAAGAAAAAUGUCGAAAUCACCUGAAGAGGAGCACCCGAUGAAGGCCUUUGGAUGGGCAGCUAGGGACCCCUCCGGUGUCCUAUCUCCAUUUAGAUUCUCACGAAGGGCAACGGGAGAUGAAGAUGUGACCUUCAAAGUGAUGUACUGUGGGAUCUGCCACUCUGACCUCCACUUCCUCAAGAACGAAUGGGGAUUCUCCAUCUAUCCAAUGGUUCCUGGGCACGAGAUUGUGGGAAUAGUGACAGAGGUAGGAUGUAAGGUGAAAAGAUUCAAAGUGGGUGAUAAGGUAGGUGUGGGGUGCAAUAUUGGGGCUUGUCACUCCUGCAGUAACUGCACCAAUGACCUAGAGAGCUACUGCCCUAAGGUGAUGCUCACCUACAGCACAACUUAUUAUGAUGGCACCAUCAACUAUGGAGGCUACUCCGAUAUAAUGGUGGUCAGUGAGCGGUAUGCGGUGGUGUUCCCGGAUAACUUGCCGCUCGAUGCCGGUGCACCCUUACUUUGUGCAGGGAUUACAGUGUACAGUCCAUUGAAAUAUUAUGGACUAAGUGAGCCUGGUAUGCACUUGGGUGUUGUAGGGCUUGGUGGGCUUGGGCAUAUGGCUGUGAAAUUUGCCAAGGCUUUUGGAAUGAAGGUGACUGUGAUUAGUACAUCUCCUAGCAAGGAAAAAGAAGCAAUUGAACAUCUUGGUGCUGAUUCCUUUUUGGUCAGCCGUGAUCAGGCUCAGAUGCAGGAAGCCAUGGGCACUUUUGAUGGCAUUAUUGACACAGUUUCUGCCUUUCAUCCUCUUCUACCAUUGAUUGAACUACUAAAAUCUCAUGGGAAGCUUGUCAUGGUUGGUGCACCAAACGAGCCGCUCGAACUACCCGUCUUCCCUUUGCUUAUAGGGAGGAAAUUUGUGGGUGGAAGUGCUACUGGGGGAAUGAAGGAGACACAAGAGAUGAUUGAUUUUGCAGGGAAACACAAUAUAACAGCAGACAUCGAGGUUAUUCCAAUGGACUAUGUCAACAUCGCUAUGGAGCGUCUUCUUAAAUCUGAUGUCAAAUACCGUUUUGUCAUCGACAUAGCAAAUACCUUGAAUGCUACAUAAACAUGAAGACUUUGAAUUAGUUUUUUACUUCAGCAUCAGAACCACCACACGAUCACUAGGUUUGAGUUUUUCUCUCAAGAAAAAAUGUUUAUUUCUUGUGCCAACAGAAUCUUUGCUUGAUACUAUAUUAUGUCGAUGCAAGUGUCUUGUACUUUUGUUUCUUUUUGGGAGAUUAGUAAAAUUUUAGUCUUGUAUCAUUUUUUUAGUAUCAAAGACUAAAACUUUCCAUA